GCAAAACCCUUCUUCCUCUUCCCCAAAUCUCAACAACUAGUAAGCUUCUCAACAACUAGUAAGCUUCUCAACAACUAGCAAGCUUUCUUCUUCUUCCCAAAUCUCAACAAUUUCAAAAUCAAAAUACAAAAGGCAAGGAAUUAUCUUUGUGAAUCGAGAUGGAUAAGUAUAUCGCGAGAUGGAAAAUUGGGCAACCAAGUUCUAGUUCUACUCAUCCAUCUGUUGCUUCAUCCAUAGCUCCAGAAAUUCAAAUGGAAAUCAUGGCUCUAGAAAUUCGAAGGGAAACAUUUCCUUCGGGUGUUAAUUUAGAAUCUCUUGAAGCUGAUCCAGGAAUUAGAAAGCCUAUUGUAGAAUAUAACCCUAAUAUACGUGAUGAAGUUAGGAGAUAUUAUAUUCAAAAAAGGCCUUGCCAACCUGAGGUUCAUGAUUUUCCUAAAACUAAGUUUGGGAAGGAAAUGCGCCAGUUUAAUCCUAAUUGGUAUAAGGGUCGUUGUAAGUGGUUGGAGUACAGUAUAACAAAAGAUGUUGCAUAUUGUUUGUGUUGCUAUUUGUUCCAAAAUGAACAUGAAAGUAACGAAAAUACGAGUGAAACUUAUACAAAAGUUGGCUUUAAAGCUUGGAACAAGGCUCUUGAAAGAUUUAGAGCUCAUGUUGGAGAGGUAAAUAGCAUCCACAACAAGUGUUUUAACAGGAUGCUUGAUUUAAUGAAUCAAUCACACUCAAUUCAAACUGCCUAUGACAAGAAACUCGAAAAAGACAAAAGUGAAUCGCGACGUCGCUUGAGUGCUCAGUCGAUGUGAAAAGGUUUCUCUUGAGACUAGGAUUAUCAUUCCGCGGGCAUAAAGAGAGUCAAUGUUCUUCAAAUAGAGGUAUCUUUCUUGAACUUUUGCAAUGG